AACCGUCAGAGAAUGUUUCUUUAAAGUUGUUUUAAAGUUACUCUUUGCUAAACCUUCAGGUUCGCUGAGAGGAAUCUAUUAUUACUGGGCUUUUACUUUGAAGUUCGUAAGCUAAGACCGCAACCAGACCUUGAGCUGCAAGUUUCCGAAAUACUUGUACAAGCAAGAAUACCGGAAAGAAAUUGUAGUAAAAUGUGGAGUAUAAUGAGAAUACAUAUCGGAUAAUAAACGAGCCCAAACUAACACUUUGGGGACGUUUUAAACGAGGUCUAAGCUCAGUUAACGAGCCUAUUCAUAAGCUAGCUAGUGAGCUAUUUGUUUCCGUUAUGCCUUAGAUCUGUUACCGGUUAGCUAGCUACAGGUGCAGUUGAGUUUGAAGGUUUUGUUCUUUUCACGGGAAAAUGAGCAACCUGUCUUCGGACAAUAGCACAAUUUAUGUCCGAGAAAGAGGUAACCUUCGACGUUUUAGUGAUAUAGUCCUGGUAGAACCAAAGCCGCUGUCGUCGUGCAGAAGGACAGAUCCGUUUGUGCUGAGAAAAGAGCACUUUAUAUUCAAUUACAAUGAAGAGGGAAGUCUGAGGUACUCCACAAAAUCUCUCUUUGACAUCGCUCUGUUGUUCGUAGCCGACAACAUUCACCAUGUGGACUCUCUGGUCGGCUUCCCCGAGCAAAUAGGUAGUAGGCUUUUUGUGGCAGCAGAGGAGAAUCGUGUAUUUUUAAACCCAGAUAUUUCUUCAAAAGCCCUGCAGUUAUUCAGUGAUGCCUAUGGAGAGAUAGUGCUUGGAUCACUGUGCCUUCGAAAUAAGUUUCCACUCCUGCAAGAGAGGAUGGAUGCAAUUAAAACUUUUCAUAGUUUAAAGUCUCUGGAUUUGUUUGGCUGCAAACUGGGUGACAACCAUGAGCUAUUCCAGCAUCUAACAUCCACCUCGUUGGCAAGCAGCCUGAUUGAGCUUUUCAUUGGUGGUAACAGUCUGUCAGAUGCUGGCUUGCAAAGAUUGACUGCACCUAUCCGGAUGAUGCGGAAAGGAUUAGACUGUCUUCAGCUCUUGGAUCUUUCCUACAACCCUAUCUCAGAGGCAGCACUCAGAUACCUCACAUGCUUCCCAAAACUUGUAAAACUUGAUCUAUCUGGAACCAGUUUGAAGCUUGAAACAGGGUUGAAGACAACCAUAUUGAAGCUGUUGGGUCUAAUUUAUUCUGAGAAGCCACUGGACAGCUUUGAUCACUCAAGGUGUAAAACAGAAGGUUGGGCAGAGCAGGUUGUAAAUCAAUGGGAAACCAGUGGCUCACAAAUGCCAAAACAGAGGAAAAUUGAAGAAUCAAGAACAUUAGCACUUCGCUUUUUUGGCAGGCAGAAGUUUGUCAGAGAAGUAUUGAAUGCAGCACCUUUGAUUCAUGAGCGCGUGGAAGAGGCAGACAAUGGGAAACUGCAUUUCUACAGACCAUCAAACAAUCAGGCAGUAGAGAAAGAUAUUCCUUCCAUGACAGAUUGUGAAGUGAAGACUCCCUGCCAUAUCAAAAAGAGAAAGCAUCAGCCAGAAAAGCAUGACACUUUACAGCACUGCCCUCCUGCCAAACAAACAUGCUCAUCAGCUCUUACUGCAGAAGACAUUGACUUGUUGAACAGCUAUUAAGGCCUGCGGCUGAGUCACGCUCCACACAGGUUAAAGAGCAGCACGAGCAAUUAGCCUCAAAUGAACCACAGCCAUUUCCAAAAUAUUGUGAGCUGUGAAAACGGUUUACUAGCUUCAGGUGAUAAAAUUGAUAUAUUUUUAUAAAUAAAGUUUUGCAUUUCA